AUGGCAUUCGACCCAGUGAACCCUUCGCUGCGCGAACGGCUCCUGACAGCCAUCGGAACUUCACUGCACUCGACCUUCGAGCCCUUGCAAGGCUUCCACGGUGGCAGGAACGAAGGCAUCUGGUUCGUGAAGGGAGGAGGUGAGACGUUGGUGGUGAAGCUGGUAAAAUUUGAUCCGUCUACCCCUUCACAACUGGUAGAGGAGCAAAUGUUCCGAAAGCUCUUUCAGGAACUCGGACCAAGCAUCACAGAAGAUCCGAAAGUGGCGUUCCCUGUCAAAGUGUUCCGACUAUUGGGGCCAAACAAUGUUCGUGAGCAUGAUCUGAUUGUGAUGAAAAAGGCUCCCGGAAAAUCGUUGAGCUACGUCAUCGGGGCAGAAUGCUUGAGGGAUCUGGCAGGACGGGCUGCAAAGCCGAUCUCAUGCACAUCUUCAGGAAAGUUGGCGAGUGCAUGGCGAAUUUUCACAGGCGGUAUGGUGGCCGGCAGCGCAAUGAUGCCGGAGUCCAAAACAUAUUGUGGGAUGAGGAAACAGAGCAUGUGA